CGUCGGAUCCGAUGUGUCUCCGUGAGAUGGUAAGGCGCCUUCCGACGCAAAGGCGUAGAUGAUAUCCAGCAGGAGGCGAGGCAAAGGAAAAUGCGAUUCAGCAAGCUGCACCAGAGUGGCAAUGGCUGUCCUGGUUGCAGCCAACUUGCUGCUCUGUUUCAUCUUUGGCUUUUUCCAUUUGCAGCACGUGGAAGCGGCUCAAGCGAUUGACUUUGGCGAGCUGGACUUCUCCAAACUCUAUGAUCCUCCUCCAGGAAUGUCGACUCCGGAGCUGCCGAACCUGGCCAGAGAUGCACAGAGCCAGAUGGAGGCUGUCCAGCCUACCACAAGGAUUUGGAGCUUGACCAAUCUUCGCAAAGAGCCCGAAGCCGUGGUUUCGCCUUCCCCUCCCAUGGCACUGGCAUUACGCCUUGCCAGCUGUCCAGUCUGUGGGAACCAAAUCCUGGGUCAGCUGCCGACGCCUCUCAAAAAGCGGGCAAUCAGUUGUGAAUGGAAGGAAGUGCCCAACACGUUCCUUUCGGACUUGGUGGGUGUAGUAGCUCCUGACAGGUUGUCGGCAGCGAAGGAUAUUUGCACGGAGUUUGGCAGCGCUUGUGGAGGAGUCACCUGCAGCCGGAGCCAAGGCAGCGACGCCUUUGGCUGCACGGCAAGGGCAUCCGCAGAGCCAAGAGCUUCCCCCGCCCGGGAAGUGUCGUACAUCAAGGAUUGUAAGUUCUUGGAGGCAGAUUGCGAUGAGGAGGCGGUCAAAACGGCUGCUUCCAACCCGUUUGCCAAAGACAUGCGCGGCACAGCAAUUGUCAUCCUGGCUCACAACCGAGAAGCAGAUUUGAGGAACUGCUUGGAAUCCCUGCUGUCCAUACCAGAGGCAGCGCUCUUUACACUCCACGUGUCCCUGGACGAUCCGGUGGCCUUCGCGACGAUGGGAGCAACCAUCCAAAGAGUGGCGAGUGCCCAUGCUGUCCACAUCCACGUGUGGAAGAUCUACGAGCAAAAGCCUGGAGACGACUACAACUCGGAGAUGCAGAAAUGGACCAAGAUGAACACUGGCAAGAUCGCGCACCACUACUGGCAAGUCUUCGAAAGGGCCUUCAUGGAGGAGCACUUUGAACAGGUGAUUUUCGCUGAGGAGGAUCUUCUCUUCUCCCCCGACUUCUUGGCCCUCUUCCGAAGUACUGCGGGGCUCUUGGACCAGGACCCGAGCCUUUGGUGCGUGAGCGCGUGGAACGACUUCGGCUUCAAGGGCACGGCCACGGAUCAUUGCCGCCUGCAGCGCACAUCAUACUUUCCAGGCCUGGGCUUUCUGCUGCCCCGAAGCGCCUGGCUGAAGAUCCGCGAGGAGUGGCCGGCUGCUCCAACGAUGGGCUGGGAUUAUUGGAUGCGAGUUGCCUUCCGGACCUUUGGCAAGGAAUGCAUCGUGCCGGAGGUGUCCAGAAGCCAUCACGCUGCCGCCAAAGGAUCCUCAGUCUCAACUGCCAAGCAGCUGCGACUGUUUGAUGCCAUGGCCUUCGCUGACAUCCCCUCCACAUGCGUCGCAACUGACUCCUGCAAUCAUUUCGGCAACAUCUCCUACCUCAUGGAGCAGGAGUAUGAGUCGUGGAUGCGCAAAGUCAUCGAAGAUGCGCCGCGAUUGAAGCCUUCGGAGCUUCGUUUGCAGAACGGCAAGCCACUACUGAAGAAGCUGCCAAACAUCGUGCACGUGGUGCCUUUCCAGCGCGAGGAGUACGCGGGCAUGGCUGAGGGGGCUGGCUUGCUGCCCAGGAACACCAAGGGAUCCAUUCCUCAAGACCUGCGAUCUGAGCACUACGGCGUGAUUGUGGUGCAGGAAUUGGUCCAUCCACAGUACUGCCCCUCUACGGGUGCCAUGGCACCGAAGGUCGGCAGAAUGGUCAGUCAGCACGUGCCACUACUCUUGGUGGACAGGAGGAGCCCUCGGGGGUACUUGCAGGAAGACGAGCAGCUGAGGCUGGAGUCUGACUUCGAGGUGAUUGCCGGUGGUCAGGGUCAGUCCUGUGAGGACGUGUGCAAGCAGAGGAGGUCCAGCUGCGACAAGAACCAGCUGUACUUUCUCAACGACUGCAACCUGCUGCGAAAGCACUUCGCCUGUGAGGCCGGCUGUGCACACCAGGUUGGCAAAGAGCUGCCGGUCUAUGUGCCCGACAGCUUUCAACCAACGCACAGGCAAUGCCUGCUCACCUUCAUCUCGCCCAUGACCUGCGAGGCAAAGCACCCCAGCACGGCGCGGUUAUGCGCGUGCAGGGUCAUUGCGCCUGCACCAACAAGCCAACGAAUCUGACAGACGCAAUGCCUGAAUGACAAUCAUCGAACA